CGGCUCUGGACUACGCGACUACGGGUUCAAACCCUGUAGUGAGCUCUCCGGCGGUUCAACUGGGGAGUGUGGUGCCGUUUACGACAAUGCAGGGAGCUGUGAGCAAGAACAUGGUGGAGAGCCUCUCGGUUCCGACGUUUAGGGUUGGGUAUACUAUUACUACUGAUGCGCUUGAUGAGCUUUACAAAAAGAUUAAGUCGAAGGGGGUGACGAUGACUGCAUUGCUGGCGAAGGCAACUGCUAUGGCUCUGGCGAAGCACCCCAUUGUGAAUUCAAGCUGUAGAGAUGGGAAGAGCUUUACUUAUAAUAGUAGCAUUAACAUUGCUGUUGCUGUGGCAAUAGAUGGAGGGUUGAUUACCCCAGUUCUCCAGGAUGCCGAUAAGGUUGAUAUCUAUUCAUUGUCGAGGAAAUGGAAGGAAUUGGUUGAUAAGGCUAGAGCAAAGCAGUUGCAACCUCAAGAAUACAACACGGGUACUUUCACCCUUUCAAACCUCGGUAUGUUUGGUGUUGACCGUUUUGAUGCAAUUUUACCGCCAGGAACUGGUGCUAUCAUGGCUGUUGGCGUAUCACAGCCUACUGUUGUUGCUACUAAGGAUAGAAAGAUUGGCAUGAAAAAUCAAAUGCAGGUAAACGUAACUGCCGAUCAUCGUGUCAUCUAUGGUGCUGAUCUCGCUGCUUUCCUGCAAACCUUGGCCAAAAUUAUCGAGGAUCCAAAAGAUCUCACAUUCUAGUUGUUGUCAUGAGAUUGAUAAUUAUUGAACUAUCAUUUCCCCCAUUCUUCGUAGAAAGUUAAAUUAGUGUGCUUUUUAUAAUAUUGAGUUAAUAGGUGCUGUGUGCUGCUCCUGUUUGCAGCAACUUGUAGGGUUUUGAGGAAUGUUAAUGUUUCCCCCCUCUUUUUGUAAGGCUUCAUGAACUUAUUUGUUCCAAUAAAACUUUAUCAAGAAGAUUUGAAAUUCCA